UAAAUCGAGCGCACCACAUUUUAACUCGGCGGUGUAAGAUUUACGGAAGAGGAAUCUCAGGCGUGGCAAAGGAACUUCCGCCUUCUGGAGCGAAGAAAUGACAGCGACACUGCGUCCCUACCUGAACGCUGUGAGGGCCACUUUGCAGGCAGCCCUCUGUCUGGAAAACUUCUCCUCUCAGGUGGUGGAGCGUCAUAACAAACCGGAGGUGGAGGUCAGGAGCAGUAAGGAGCUCUUGCUUCAGCCUGUGGUAAUCAGCCGCAAUGACAAGGAGAAGGUUCUUAUCGAGGGAUCCAUCAACUCUGUCCGAGUCAGCAUUGCUGUCAAGCAGGCUGAUGAGAUUGAGAAGAUUCUGUGCCACAAGUUCAUGCGCUUCAUGAUGAUGAGAGCAGAGAACUUCUUCAUUUUGAGAAGGAAACCGGUUGAGGGCUAUGACAUUAGCUUUCUGAUAACUAACUUCCACACGGAGCAGAUGUAUAAACACAAGCUGGUGGACUUCGUCAUCAACUUUAUGGAGGAGAUUGACAAGGAGAUCAGCGAGAUGAAACUGUCGGUCAAUGCCAGGGCCCGCAUUGUUGCUGAGGAAUUCCUCAAGAACUUUUGAUGACACUGUGUCCUUCCACGGUUCCAAGCAAGAAGGGAACGCUCAACGGGUCCAAGCAGCACAAGGAUGGAGAGUUAUGAGUUAGCAGCCAAUCAGCAAGGGGAAGUGGAGUGCAUGACCAAUGUGUCAAUAAUGUGGUUUGCACCUGUCUCAUGAGCAUUUCCCUGUAGUCAUGAAUAUCAAUGACUGUACAUAAUGAAAUAGUUUCAUUUUUCUGCUACCUAGAACAAAUCCCCAAAUCAAGGCGGGUCCUUAAAAGUGUUAAAAAAAGUUGAUAUCCAUGAAUACAAGGGCAUUGAGGAUGUGUUAUAGCAUAUAAAAUGGCCUGUAUUUUUUAUAUACAUUUUGUGUAUGUUUGUCUGUUUGUCAUUUUUUUUGUCCUUUGGCCUGUCUAUCAAUGUUGCCUCUUAUUACAAAAUUUUUUUUUUAUUAAUCCCUCAGGAUAUCCGUGUUUGAGGGGAGGAAAUUAACGUAAACAGCAAUUUCACAUAAAAUAUGUGCUCUUAAAGAAACCACCAAAAAACCAUGUAUCAAAACAAUAAUUACUAAUCAAUAAAUCUCUUAAGUGUUUA